AUGUCAGCCGCCGGCGCCUCUGAGCCUCCAGGGCAACAAGGGGCCAAGGGAACGCAUCUGUCGGCGAAUCUCCUCUCCAAUAAUCCCUUCCGAAACCGAGCUGCGUCUCCAUCGAACGCGGAAACUGGUGCAGCAGGUCUGUCGACUUCUCCGUUUGGCGACCCUGCUCCUCCCCGACCGCUUUCGCGCAAUCCCUUUCUUGACCAACCUCCUGCUGUGCGCUCGCCUGGCGUAACAUCGACGCAUUCCGACUCGCAGAGCUUGUCAGCGGAAGAUAUAUUUAAUUCUUUGACUCUAGACGAUAGCAAGCCUGUAAAUUUUCAGCCAUCAUCUCUACCAAACGCGAAGCGGCCUAUGGAGCGACGCGUACCACCUCCCCGUCCCGGCGAGAAGCCAGGUGCUCAGCCUGUACCCAAUAUGCAGAAGCACAGACCAACAAAGUCCCAAGAGGAGGCCCUCAAAGCAAGGAGGCACGCGCAAGGCUCACAGCCUGGAUCAUCGAGAUCUCCUCAAAGAAAGCCUCAACGCCGACCGCGACGCAACUCCGAAUCUUCGAUAAUGGACUUCGACAUCAAACACAUUACAGACGAAGAGCGGAAGAUGAUUGAAGAGAAGCGACGCGAAAAGGACAGGCUGCGGCGCGAGGGUCGUGAUGGAAAGGACAAGGGCCGAUCGGGUAGACCGAGCCGUCGGAUUGAUAUCAUUGACCAGCUCGAUGCGACAAGCAUAUACGGAACCGGGCUGUUCCAUCAUGACGGCCCCUUUGAUGCACUGAACCCCCACCGCAACCGGCAGAGCAGCCGCCGCGCCCCGAUGCAAGCAUUUCCGAAAGACUCGCUCAAUAACUCUCUUGGUGGCUCAGGUCCCCUAAACCAACAAGCAGAUCAUUCAACCUUCAUGGGGGAGACUGCCGAGGCAUUCAGAGACUUCGCAGCGGGUGCCCGAGCCAAGAAUGCCGCAAUUUUCAAUCCCGUAUCGCGGGGCGAUAUAAUUCACGGUGACGAAAGCCAUGGCCUCGGCACUUCAACCUUUUUGGAAGGGACCCCAGCCGCUCGGGCUGCUAUCGCUCGACGUCAAGCUGAGGAGGCUCAAGAGGCAACGACAGUGGGGAUACAGCGAAAGAAGUCUCUGGCGCACCGUAUUCGGCACAUGAACAAGGGUCCUCGUGAAUAUUCCGGUGCCGGACAGUAUUCUCCUGAAGCAAUGCCCUCCAGGCCCAUCGACGGCUCCGAGCCCAGUCAAGGCUACUUCUCCGAAUUCGGCAAGGGCGAAGACAGUAUAACGGUCAAGCGUCGAGAUGGCACUCUUUCGCCGGCCAGCCCGCCACCUGUUCCUAGACGUGGCUCUGGCGCAGCUCUUGAGAGGCGAGCCACAACAGAUGCUACCAGCCCGGCAGAGGAGACCUCCGCGAAACCAAACAGCCUUCUCGGAAGAAUGAAGAGCUUGAAGGGGCUGAAUUUCCGGCAUAUCGCCUUCUGGUCGCGGUGA